AAAUUCCGUUGCUGUGGCUGCCGCUCUCCAAAAAUUCCUUUGCGCAAAAUGUUCGAAGCUGCUGCUCGUCUUCAGGCCCACAAUCAGGAAAUGGUCAAGUGCAUCAGUCAGCUGCGGACGCAGCGCCAGAGGCUGGCCGACAAGGUCACCCACCAGGAGCACGAACGGGCCGUACUGGAGCAGGAAAUCCGCAAGCUACGCCAACAACUGACCGUGCUUGACGAAUCACUUGUGCAAAACCGCAGAAAGCUGGAGGAACAGGACACAAAACUGACCGAAACGGAAACCGGGUACAAUAAACUGGUAGACACGAUGCACGUCCUGCUGAUGUCGGUCAAAAAGGACGAGAAGGAGUUUGGCAGCCACUCGUCGAGGCAGACGAAGAAGGAUGCCAGCUAAGAUUCAGUGUGUAAUUCCGUUAA